AAAGGUCCAAUCUUUCAUGCAUAAAAGGGCCUCCCCUUAGUUCAUUCUCCCACAUACAAAGCUUGCUACUCUCAAUCAAACAAACCGCACGCUCACUCUUGUAAGGCAAAAGCAAGAGAAGAGUGGUAGCAGGGGAACAUACCACAUAUUUUCCUACCUUUCUUACACAAACACACUCUCUCUAUCUCUAACUCUCUUCUUUUCUAUCCUCAUAACACUUUUUACCAUAGUCAUGUGUAAUCCCAACCCAACUUCACCAUCUUCAUUUCCUACUCCCUCAAAAUCUCACCCCAAAGUUCUCUAUCUUUCUCCUCAUGAUGAUGAUCAGGCUCAAGAUGAGUUGCACAGAUGGCCUACCUUCAAUGAGGCCAUAGCAGAAAUCAAGGCUAUAGGGAUGAUAUCAGGUCCAACAGCCAUAACUGGUUUAGUGUUGUAUUCAAGAGCUAUGAUCUCUAUGAUUUUCCUUGGCUAUCUUGGAGAGAUGGAACUAGCUGGAGGGUCUCUCUCUAUUGGUUUUGCCAACAUCACUGGCUACUCUGUGAUCUCUGGAUUGGCCAUGGGGAUGGAACCAAUUUGUGGACAGGCUUAUGGAGCAAAGCAAUGGAAGCUACUUGGCUUGACACUGCAGAGAACUGUGCUCCUUCUGCUCUCAACAUCCAUCCCCAUCUCAUUCAUGUGGCUCAACAUGAAGAGAAUCCUCUUGUGGUCUGGCCAAGACAAUGAAAUAGCAUCAGUGGCUCAAACAUUCAUCAUUUUCUCAAUACCUGACCUUUUCCUCCUCUCACUUCUCCACCCUCUGAGAAUCUACCUCAGGACUCAGAGAAUCACAUUGCCAUUGACAUAUUGCUCAACCAUCUCAGUUCUUCUCCAUGUGCCUUUGAAUUUCCUCCUGGUGGUUCAUCUCAAGAUGGGAAUUGCUGGGGUGGCUACUGCAAUGGUGUUGACCAACCUCAAUCUGAUUCUCUUCCUCUCCUCUUUUGUCUACUUCUCUGGUGCAUACAAGGCCUCAUGGGUUCCCCCAAGCGUGGAUUGCAUCAAAGGGUGGUCCUCAUUGCUGUCACUUGCAGUUCCAACCUGUGUCUCAGUUUGCCUUGAGUGGUGGUGGUAUGAGUUCAUGAUAAUGCUAUGUGGCCUUUUGGCCAAUCCAAAAGCAACCAUUGCUUCAAUGGGAAUCCUUAUCCAAACAACAUCUUUGGUCUAUGUGUUCCCAUCAUCACUCAGCCUCGGUGUUUCCACAAGAAUAGGGAAUGAGCUAGGUGCAAACAACCCUGGAAAAGCAAGACUUUCCAUGAUAGUCUCACUCUUUUGUGCUGUGGCAUUAGGCCUUGCAGCCAUGCUGUUCACCACCUUGAUGAGGCACCAAUGGGGCAGAUUCUUCACCAAUGAUCAUGAAAUUUUGGAACUCACAUCACUGGUGCUGCCAAUUGCUGGCCUCUGUGAGCUUGGAAACUGCCCACAGACCACAGGCUGUGGAGUCCUAAGGGGCAGUGCAAGACCUGCCAUUGGUGCCAACAUCAAUUUGGGCUCAUUUUACUUGGUGGGUAUGCCAGUGGCUAUCCUUCUGGGCUUUGUGGCCAAAAUGGGGUUUGCAGGGCUUUGGCUUGGGUUGCUUGCAGCCCAAGUCUCCUGUGCAGGCCUCAUGCUCUAUGUGCUUUGCAGAACAGAUUGGAAUGUGGAAGUAGAAAAAGCCAAGGAACUCACAAAAACAACAUCAACAACUACUACCACUUCUGCUGCUGCUGCUACAGCUCCAGAUUCUAACUCUAAGUUACCUACACUCACCCCAAAAGAGGCUAACAUGAACAACAAUGCUCAUGCUUGUUGUCUUGAAGAGAUAGUUAUUACUGUUGCUUCUGAUGAGUUUACCAAUAUUUCUUCACUUGAAACAGAUCCACUGAUCAUUCCCACCACCAGACACACUCAAGUUUAGUUAACCAGAGUUUAAUGUUUUUUUUUUGGCCCGCCCCCAUUUUUUUACCUUCAUUUAUUGGAUUGUACUGUAGGAUAAAAUUGCCCCUCCUUUUUUGUCUUGUUUCUUCAGGUUGUAUUAUUAAUACCCCAUCUUUUUUUUC